CAGAGGUGAGGUGAGUUUUGUAACAUUGACUAUUUACUUGAGUUGAGUGUGCCUACAUAUUUCAAGUGGAGUUGCUAAUGUUCUUAUCAUUUCGAAUAAUAUCGGCCCAGUUCAUACAAGUCUGAAUGUCCAGUUUUGUUCCAAUGAAUUGUUGUUUUUUUUAAUCAACGCAAGAGGAAAGAAGAGAAUAAGGUUAGAAGGAAUAAUAUUUUUACCAGAGACAUGAACAUAGAAAUUGUUACGGUCUGGACAUUCCUCAUGUUAAGGUUAAUGCAAUAUACUCAAGGUGAAUGUGAAAUGACAUUAAGUUUAGGGCAGAAUAUAAGAGACGUCGAUAGGACCCCUCACACUGCAGGCACUUUACAAACAUGUUUACAAGAUUGUAGGAUUGACACGUCAUGCCUUGUAGCAGUGUUUAGAGAAAGCUGCUAUUUCGGCGAUCAAGUUGCAUUAGCUAACUUAUUUGCAGACGACGAAAGUCAAGAUGUUUACAUUAAACAGUGUGUCGAUACUACUAUAGGCCCAGAUCUGUCAACACUAGAAACAGCAGAAGUCACUACUUUGAUAUCAACAGAUACUACUACAUCCCCACAACCGUCAUCCCCAGAAACAGCAGAAGUCACUACUUUGAUAUCAACAGAUAUUACUACAUCCCCACAACCGUCAUCCCCAGAAACAGCAGAAGUCACUACUUUGAUAUCAACAGAUAUUACUACAUCCCCACAACCGUCAUCCCCAGAAACAGCAGAAGUCACUACUUUGAUAUCAACAGAUAUUACUACAUCCCCACAACCGUCAUCCUCAGAAACAGCAGAAGUUACUACUUUGAUAUCAACAGAUAUUACUACAUCCCCACAACCGUCAUCCCCAGAAACAGCAGAAGUCACUACUUUGAUAUCAACAGAUAUUACUACAUCCCCACAACCGUCAUCCCCAGAAACAGCAGAAGUCACUACUUUGAUAUCAACAGAUAUUACUACAUCCCCACAACCGUCAUCCCCAGAAACAGCAGAAGUCACUACUUUGAUAUCAACAGAUAUUACUACACCGCCACCACCGUCAUCCCCAGAAACAGCAGAAGUCACUACUUUGAUAUCAACAGAUAUUACUACAUCCCCACAACCGUCAUCCUCAGAAACAGCAGAAGUUACUACUUUGAUAUCAACAGAUAUUACUACAUCCCCACAACCGUCAUCCUCAGAAACAGCAGAAGUUACUACUUUGAUAUCAACAGAUAUUACUACAUCCCCACAACCGUCAUCCCCAGAAACAGCAGAAGUCACUACUUUGAUAUCAACAGAUAUUACUACAUCCCCACAACCGUCAUCCCCAGAAACUGCAGAAGUUACUACUUUGAUAUCAACAGAUAUUACUACAUCCCCACAACCGUCAUCCCCAGAAACAGCAGAAGUUACUACUUUGAUAUCAACAGAUAUUACUACAUCCCCACAACCGUCAUCCCCAGAAACAGCAGAAGUUACUACUUUGAUAUCAACAGAUAUUACUACACCGCCACCACCGUCAUCCCCAGAAACAACAGAAACCACUACUUUACAAUCAACGACUACUACUAGAUCCCCACAAAAAACACCAGAAGUCACUACUUUACCAUCAACAAAUACUACGACAGCAAAAAGGUCACAGGAAGCUAUAACAGCAUUAGUCCAUUACAAUGUCGACAUCGGCGUAGCCGCGGAAUGGGUACUUGUUUAUAGGAGCCUGUACUUCUGUGAGACAGCGUGUAGUCUAGUGUCACAAUGUGAGCAUUAUGUGCAAGACAGCAACGUCUGUAAACUGUACACCUCCCAUCCUAGUCUGACGUCAAAGUGGGGAAGCAUUCUGGGAAGAAAAGUCAAAUGUCUAAAUGGUCUACCCUGUUGUUACCAGAUAGGAGGCGACAUCUUUGAUCUAAGAAGUCCACAACUUUCACUGACAAGCACCGCCCCGUCCUGCCAAGAGCUAUGCAUGAGUUUGAUCCAAUGCCAGGCUGUUCUUUUCGACGGAUAUACCUGUCGGAUGUACACUCGUGUAGAUAGGAGUCUGUUUCAACCUGGACGCAAUAUAUUUGUGAAACCAAACGGGGUGUCAAGCAAAUACAGUAUUGCAGGCGUCUGUAUAAUGAACCAGUGAAAGCGUCAUUUUAUUUUCUUCUAUGGCAGUCCUUUAUGGUCAUUUUUUAUCACAGGAAACGUGCAACUAUUGAAUUGACUUUACUUAUAAAUAAAGGACAUCAAUUUCUUACUACAU